AUGCCGGCCCUCCAUCCCUCCGCGCAUCCCUCCGCGCCUCCGUCCGUCCCCGCGCAGCCCGGGCGGGCGCGGAGCGAAGCGCCGCGGCUCCGGUGCCACCUGCUGCCGCCGGGCCGGGCCGGGCGGGGCGCGGCGCGCCGGAGCUGUCCGCGGUGCUGCCGGCCCGGCCCCCGCCGCCUGCCGCCCACCCGCCGCCGGCAGCUCGGAGCCCAGCGCAGCGGAGCCAGAGGCAGCCCCGGGCAUCCUGUUGCGCGGAGUCCGCGGAGACGAAGCGGAGCAGCGAAGAGCUUCUUUCGCAGGGUUGGGACUAGCGCCUGGCUGGGAACAAUGGCUGCUGUGCUGCCAAGGCUGGUUUGUGCAUCUUCGGUCGCGUUGGUCGUCUGGGCUGGUUUUUGUUCUGCAGUAUGUGUUGAAGUCCCAUCAGAGACAGAGGCUGUCCAAGGAACACACAUGAAGCUACUCUGCAUUUCCUGCAUGAAGAGGGAAGAGGUCACAGCUAGCACAGUGGUGGAAUGGUUCUACAGGCCAGAGGGUGGAAAAGAUGAACCUAUCUAUGAGUACAGGAAAAUGAACCAUGAAUUCCCAAGCCGCUUCAGUGGCCGGUUACAGUGGAAUGGGAGUAAAGACAUGCAGGAUGUGUCCAUCACUGUGUUAAAUGUGACCCUGAACGAUUCAGGGAUCUACACCUGUAACAUCACCCGGGAGUUUGAGUUCGAGAUCCACCGGCCUCUCUUCACCAGCUCCCGGAAGAUCCACCUCACCGUGGUGGAGGAGGCUGGAGAGGACUUCACCUCAGUCAUCUCGGAAAUCAUGAUGUAUAUUCUGCUGGUCUUCCUCACCUUGUGGCUCCUGAUAGAAAUGGUCUAUUGCUACAGGAAAGUCUCCAAGGCAGAGGAGGCUGCCCAGGAAAGCGCGACAGACUAUCUUGCAAUUCCAUCAGAGAACAAGGAAAACUGCGCCGUGCCUGUCGAGGAAUAGCAGAGGCGCCAGCGGAACGAACGGCACCAGGGGCUCUGAAGACAGAAGGACUGCGUCACGCCGGCCAGGUUUGAGGGGGAGCUCUGCGCCGUCGGGAGGAGACACGGGGAAGUGUAAAUUCUCUUCCAUUUGCCUUGGACUCUGUACAGCCUUGACUUUGGCCUCAUGGCUCCAUACUGAGCUGCCAGCCCACUUGCUAAAGGACUCUUCUGUUGAAGCAUGCUGAGCAAAGGGCAAAGGGGUGUGGGCAGCACGGCUCCUUCCCUACUUUUAGUCCCAUGCCUUCGUAAAUGUUAAGUGUCAUUUCUUAGCUGCUGUCACCACCUUGAUUUGCUAAAUAUGCUAGCUCUCCAUUGCAGAGGUAAAGGGCAUGUAUGUCUGUCUUGUUACUCUGACCUGUAACUGGGAAUGAGGCCAGCUUAGGGGGAUGUUCCACCAUAUAUUACAACCCAAGCAGUCCUGACCAGCGUUAAAAUGGGAAGAAUUUAAUAAGUGGUUAUUGCUUGGCACAUUGGGCAUUGGGCUGCCCCCGCACAGGCAGAGCAGGAUGAGGACUGUCACACACUAGAACUGUUCAAAAUGUGAGACUACUAGAAGGGUGAGUCCCUGUGCCAUGCUCACACUUGCUUCUGAAGGAGGGAACUGAGAAUACAGACCCUGAAGCACUCCUGCAUUGGGAGGCACGAGGAUGUAAGACUAAGAAUCCCCUUCCUCCCCUGAUCCCUUUCAUUUAGCAAGUGUCAGAAUGGGUAGUUCUUGGUUUGCUUUGCAGAGCAGGUGCUGCUCAGGCACAGGGGAGGGAGAGCCCGCAGAGCCGCCUUCUGCAGCAGCAGGAGAGCAGUAGCAGAAGGUACACGGCUCUCCUCCUGGGGAAAGCCCUGAAAGGCAGGCAGGCAGCCCCAUGCCAGCAGGCAGGCAGAGGGAGUGUGGCUGCAGAGGCCAGGCAGGGGAGGGCCACCUGUGUCACACAGCAGUGCUUUCCUAGGGCACUGGCCGCCUCAUGCUGUAGCAUGGCUCCAUCUAGAGGGAUGGGCAGCAAAAGCCUCACUUUUCCUUGUUCCUCGUGAUUUUUGUCUUGUAAUUAGUGACUGGUUUGGGUAGUCACCACUCAAGUAAAGGAUCCACCACUGUGCAAGCUUACCUUUUCAGAUGUAGUGGCUGGAGCAGGGUCACCUUUGGUUUCUGGCCUCAGCUGAGCUCAACAGCUGGGAUUACAGGGAAGGGAGGAAAAAAAGGCAGAAACGUGGUUGGGGGUGGAACUGUACCUUAAGACAAAGCGGGGAGAAGUGUUUUCUUCCUAUGCCAGAUGUUGUUACAUCCCUGCUGCAAUGGAGCCUGUGCUGCUUGCACCAAUUGACUAAUUUUGCUACACUGACUGCUUCUAAGUAGUUCCCAAGUGCUUGUGACCCAAGGCAUGCUUCCCAUGGGGUCUCCUCUGCUUUGUUCUGCUGCUUUUUAUGUGUUGCUGAAAUCACAGAAAUCACUCCGUGAGU